GAACUCGAUUUUACUGUUUUAUUAUAUUUCAUUUAAAUUUGAUGUGUGUGCUUUCCUGUGUGUGUGCUCUGCAGAGUGAUCUGUCCCUCACCAGACUACCCAUUCUAUAAGAUGUCCCAGUCCACUGUUGCUGAAGAAGGAGGCACCUUCGAGCACCUGUGGGGCUCCCUGGAGCCAGACAGCACCUACUUUGAGCUCCCCCCAGGCAGCCAGUCAGGAGAGCGUCCACUGCCUUCUACCAGCACUCCGGGGAGCCACUGCAGCGCUGCUGAGGUCUCCAUGGACAUCUACCAAAUGAGGGACAUGAAUGACAACGUGAUGUCCCAAUACAACAUGCUGAGCAGCAGCAUGGAGAGCAUGGGGAGCCGUGCAACGUCCGCCAGCCCCUACAGCUCCGAGAACGCCUCCUCGUCCACCGUGCCCACUCCCUCACCCUACUCACAGCCCAACUCCACCUUUGAGGGCCUGUCCCCUGCCCCGACCAUCCCCUCCAACACCGACUACCCCGGACUGCACAACUUCCAGGUGUCCUUCCAGCAGUCUAGCACCGCCAAGUCUGCCACAUGGACCUACUCUCCCCUGCUGAAGAAGCUCUACUGUCAGAUCGCCAAGACCUGUCCGAUCCAAAUCAAGCUGGCCGCCUCUCCUCCUCAUGGCAGCAUCCUCAGAGCCAUGCCCGUCUACAAGAAGGCAGAGCACGUCACAGAAGUUGUCAAACGCUGCCCCAACCACGAACUAGGACGAGACUUCAAUGAUGGUCAAGCUGCCCCGGCCAGUCACCUUAUCCGAGUGGAGGGGAAUAACCUCUCUCAGUAUGUGGAUGAUCCUGUCACUGGCAGGCAGAGUGUCUUCUUGCCGUAUGAAUCUCCACAGGUGGGGACUGAGUUCACAACCAUCCUCUACAACUUCAUGUGCAACAGCAGCUGUGUGGGCGGCAUGAACAGGAGACCCAUCCUCAUCAUCAUCACUUUGGAGUCCAGGGAUGGUCAAGUGUUGGGCAGAAGGUCGUUUGAAGGACGGAUAUGUGCAUGUCCCGGCCGAGACCGCAAAGCAGACGAGGAUCACUUCAGGGAACAACAGGCCCUGAAUGACAGUGUGGCCAAAAAUGGCUGUCCCAACAAGCGCAACUUCAAACAGAGUCCACCAAAUAUUCCCAGUCCAAAUAUUAACAUGAGGAAGAGGCGCCAUGGAGAAGAAGAAAUUUACUAUAUUCCUGUCCGUGGUCGGGAGAACUUUGAGUUGCUGAUGAAGAUUAAAGACAGUUUGGAGCUGGUGGAGCUUGUGCCACAACCGCUGGUGGACUCCUACAGACAACAAACACAGCAGCAGCUUCUGCAGAGACCGAGCCAUAUAGCAUCCCCCUCCUCCUACUCUCCAGUGUCCAACAUGAACAAGCUUCAUACCCACGGAGGCCUCAACAAACAGUCCUCAGUUAACCAGCUGGUGGGGCAGCAGCACCAGCAACACCCCUCUGCCCCCAUCUCCAUAGCUCAUAUGGGUUCUAACAUGCUCAACAGCCACCACAUGCAGGGGAAUGGUGAUAUGAAUGGUGGCCACAACAGUCAGACUAUAGUGUCUGCCUCCCACUGCAGCCCACCCCCUCCAUAUAACCCUGACCCCAGCCUCGUCAGUUUUCUAACCAGUCUGGGCUGUCAGAACUUCAUUGAGUACUUCACCUCCCAAGGCCUCCAGUCUAUCUACCACCUCCAGACUCUCACCAUGGAGGAUUUAGCUGCACUGAAAAUACCGGAGCAAUUCCGCCUUGCAAUCUGGCGAGGUCUGCAGGACAUGAAACAAGUUGCUCCCCUCCAACUGCCUGCCUCCACUCAUCACCAUGACUAUCAUGGCCAGCAGCUCCUUCGCUCCAGCAGCAACAUGACUGCCUCUGCCAUGGCCGCCAUUGGGUCUGCCAGUGGGGAACUCCAACGUCAGCGCGUCAUGGAGGCUGUGCACUUUCGUGUCCGCCACACCAUCACCAUCCCCAACCGGGCAGGUGUUGUUGGGUCGUCAGGGAUGGCAACGGGUGCUGAUGAGUGGGCUGACUUUGGUUUUGAUAUGCCCGACUGCAAGCUGUCACGUAGCAAGCACUCCAUCAAGGAGGAGUUCAUGGAUAGUGAUGUUCAUUGAGCCUGAACAAAGUCUUUGGACCGUUUCUCCAAUACUUUUGUCAGCAUCAUCCUAUUUACAAAUUAAACACAUGUGGAUUGGGUCUCUGAAUGUUGUUUUAGGUGUUGAUGUCAUGUUUCAGUAGGGAUGGCCGGGUAUCGUUUGAAAUGUAUCGAUGCCGGUUCUGCUUAACGAUUCCGGUUCUUAUCAAUUCCCCGUUUCGAUUCAAAAAUUGUAAAAGAAAGAGGUCAAACGUUUAGAUAACAAACAUAUCUUUAUUCUUUUAAG